AUGAUGUGCACUCGCAAAGGAAACAGGCAGGCGAAGCUCGAACAUUCGAAACAUGACAGCCGCCGCUGCUUCAACAGCGGGCACUUUCCGCACAUCCCACAUGCCACUUUGAGAACAAACAUCCAGCACAACACGCAAAAAAUGGCAGACGACCGACCAGCAUCUCCCACGCCCGAAGAGCGCGAAAAGCUCGACAAAGAAGCCAUAGCAAAAGAAGAUGAAGAACAGAGCAAGCUGCCGUACAAAUGGACCCAGACCAUUCAAGAUCUGGACCUCACGGCGCCCAUUCCCGCCAACAUGAAAGGCAAAGAUCUUGACGUGAAGAUCACGAAGACGACAAUCAAAGCCGGCAUCAAAGGCCAAGAGCCCAUCAUUGAGGGCACCCUCCCCCACCCCAUCCAAGCCGACGAUUCGACCUGGACGCUCGAAACCGUACCCUCCGGCAAAGAACUCAGCAUCCACCUCGACAAAGUCAACAAAAUGGAAUGGUGGGCCCACGUCGUGACCUCCGCACCCAAAAUCGACACCUCGAAAAUCUCGCCCGAUAAUUCGAAAUUAAGUGAUUUGGAUGGAGAAACGAGAAGUAUGGUGGAGAAAAUGAUGUAUGAUCAACGGCAGAAAGAGAUGGGGAAGCCGACGAGUGAUGAGGAGAAGAAGAUGGAGAUGUUGAGGAAAUUUCAGCAGCAGCAUCCGGAGAUGGAUUUUAGUAAUGCGAAGAUUUCGUGA